CACAACAGACCCAACAAAACCCAACAGCACAACAGACCCAACAAAAACAACAGCACAACGAACACAACAAAACCCAACACAGCACAGCAAAAUCCAACAAAACCCACAAUAGACCCAACAAAACCCAACAGCACAACAGACCCAACAGCACAACAGACCCAACAAAACCCAACAGCACAACAGACCCAACAAAAACAACAGCACAACGAACACAACAAAACCCAACACAGCACAGCAAAAUCCAACAAAACCCACAAUAGACCCAACAAAACCCAACAGCACAACAGACCCAACAGCACAACAGACCCAACAAAACCCAACAGCACAACAGACCCAACAAAAACAACAGCACAACGAACACAACAAAACCCAACACAGCACAGCAAAAUCCAACAAAACCCACAAUAG